CCAGCUUUGAUCAGAUAUACAGUGAAUGUGUUACUGUUUCCAUGAGCUUGUUAUGUACCAGCGUACGUCACAGUGGCUCAUGAUUCUGGCAUGUGUCUAUUCUGUGUGUCAAUGUGGGCAAAGAUCUGCGGACUCAAACACCUUCAGCUUCUGGAGGACAAAGUCUGAUUGACACCAGACACGGUCCACUUCUUUGAAACCACUUUUAAAGAGCAGCAGAGUAUUGUUGUUUAGAAACGACCCUACACGGAGACUUGAAACUAGAACAUUUUAUUGAAAAUAUUUGAUACCUUUUUCCAUGAGAGUCUUUCUUUACUCUCUAUUAUACAAAUGUGUUUGAUAUUUAUUUUAGCUCCUCCUUCUUUUGGUAUUACAAUUAUAUUUCCAAUAUAGUUCUAAUAUGUAGUUUGGUAAAUGUAUUCCAAACUAUUUAUUCCAAUUAUUCCUCUCAGUAAUACUGUGUACAGGUUAACAGUUUGAAGGAUGAAGCAAAAAAGUUUUCAACAUGGACUUGUAAUAUUCUGCUUCGUCUCCUGCCCUCACGGUGCAUUUAGGUACACAGUUAAAUGCAUUAUACUGGGACCUCCAAAGCAGGGUUACCAUAAUCAGUAGUUACACAGACAGUGCUGUAAAGAUGAAUUUGCACACAUAGAUUUGCCAAAUUGAGUUACAUUGAGAAUCACAAUAAAAAAAAUAUCAUAAAUUGAGAGUAGGGCACCGUAAAUCACUUGGUAGCGAACAGCUGCAAAUCCGGAAACACCCCAAAAGUAGCUAAUUUAUACUAUUAAAGGAUGUGACUACAAGGCUUUCAGUGGGGGUGUCCCAGAAGACCCUUUCUUGUUUCUUGUUCCCCGCCACGAUGUUCAGGUUGUGUGCUGUACUUUCAAGGCUUCAGGUUUGAGUCCUGCACUUGUUGAGAGUUUUAAAACAAUCAGUUGAUGUAGUUUUUCAACAAACUUCAGUAUCUGACAUGCUGUCAUGUAUAAAAGAAUGUUUAUGUGAUGUGUUCAGUGACUUUGAAGCGUUCGAGAGCUGUGCUCCCACUCGUGGAGAAGCAAACAUGUCCAUGUCCUCUUGAGGGAAACGUUUGUGUUAUUUCAAUAGUGCAGAGUUUGAAAGUAAUUAACAUUCUGGAUGCUAACUUCUAUAUCGAUGCCACCUUAAAGUGCUCUUAAAAUGUUACUCUGAAAAAAAGUCUCACCAUCUGCCAUGACGGCCUGAACUGUAAACGUGUCAGUGAAACACAGGCAGCUGGAAUAUGUUGUACUAUACUAUAUUUGCUGAAUACUAAAAGUUGACAAUAUGUGUGAUUAAGUUUAGCCUUUUCAAAAAACAGUAGUGCCUUGUGCUAUUUUAUACACGUUGCUUAACCCUCAUACAAAGUCCACAAGUGUAAGCAUGCCACGGUUAUCUGGAGUUAUCUGCAGGCUGUUGACACUGGACUACAUGGGUAGUUAAUUGCUAUUUACUAAAUGCUUUCUAGAGAGGGGUCAGAGAAUAACUAGUGCAAUGCUUAUUGUGGUGUACGGUUUUAUUGUUAGAACAUUACCGAAAGCCAUGUGCGUUACACUGUAAAGAUUGUGUCAGUGUCUGCAUCCAGUCAUGUGAUAGUAGCCCUGAGAAGCACCAGAAGCAGGAAGAGAGCCAUUGUGACAACAUGGAAGGGACUCCUGGACUUUGGGCUCUUGACGACAAUUGCUGUGUGGCUUCAGUAUAUAUACAUGGAAGUGUGAGUCUGAGGCACCCACAAGCCUGCUUAACUCUGAGAGACAAACAAGACAAAAGCAGCAAGACGCAGUCAUGAAGGUGUUUGUUGUACUAGCUGUUGCCGUGCUGUCUGGCUGUCAUGCCAACCUCUUUCAUGCCGAUGCACCCAAGCCACAGCUGGAAGUGCUAACAGAUGCUUUCUGGGAUUACAUUGCCAAGGCCACCCAAACAGCUGAUGACACCCUCCAGAUGAUCAGGAAAUCACAGUUUGGACAGGAAGUCAAUGCCCGCCUGGCAGACAGCACUGACAUAGCCAGCAAGUAUGCAGUCACCCUGCAGGAGCAGCUUCCCCCUGCAGCCCAGGACCUGAUGACCAAGAUCACAGCAGAGGCCGAUGUGCUGAGAAAUGUGCUGACUCAGGAGCUGAGCACUGUCAGGGAAAAGCUGGAGCCCUACACCGAGGACAUGAAGACCCAGAUCCAGCAGAGAGUGGAGCAGCUCAAACAGGAGCUGGCCCCCUACGCAGACUCCGUGGACACUGAGGCCCUGAGGACCAUCCUGAUGCAGAAGAGUGAGGAGCUUAAGACCAACUUGGAGCAGAGUGUGAAGGAUCUGCAGGCUCAGCUGGGGCCUUACACCGAUGACCUGAAGCUGAAGGUGGACCAGCACCUGCAGGACUUUCAGGAUAGCGUGGCCCCCAUGACUGAGAAGGUCCAGGUUGAGCUGAGUCAGAGAGCUAAUGUGGUGAAACAGAUGGUAGCCCCCUAUGCUGAGGACCUGAGGGAUAAGCUGGACCCCUAUGCUCAGGACCUCCAGGCCCAGCUCAUGUCCCUCUAUCAAUCUUUUGUCAAAGGCAACUAAGUCAACCUCAACACCUGCUUUGUUUGUUUUCCCUUUGUUUAAAGCAUGAAAUAUCUGAGUUGUACUAUAAAUAACAUUAAACUAAUAUUUAUUACUAGGUGCAAAGCAAACCUCUGCACUCGUCAAACAUGUAAAUACUACUGUUUUGUGAACUUGGUGACUGUAAUGUACUUUUUGUAAUUUCUGUAA